UGAGUUUCCGAGGUUGGCCUAGAAAGGAGAACGGAUAUUAAAAAUAGUUAAGCGUGCGUUUACAUCCAGAAAAGAGAUACAGAGUGUCAGUGUACAAAAAGCCAAAAAAGAAAAGAAAGAAGAAAGUGAAUUAACAGUAACUUUUUGCAACAAAAUAAAAAGCUGUUCUUAAUUAAUCAAUAAAAUAAUCAAAUCAAAUCAAAAGAAUUUGUUUAAACAAAAAUUAAAAAAAAAUCAUAAAUGUUUAUUAAAUAUCUCAAAUUUGUUUAAGAAAAGAAAAAGAAUUAAAUUAAAUAAAAAAAACGUCGCUUAAAUUUUAUCCGGCGUGGUUAACUGAUUACAAAAGAAAAAUGUUAUGAAACAAGAGAGAAGAAAAACGAGAACGUUGAUGUUACAAUAAUUAUCUCCAAUUAAAAUCAAACACAAAAGGAUACAUUAAUCCCUGAGUUUCGUGUUCGGUACGUUUUCCUGCCAUCUAUACACUCCUCGGCUAAACGGGACAAUUGGAUUGAUUUUCUUAAAGAAUAAAAUACCCAGAAGAAGAAGAAGAAGCUGAAGUAGCAGUAGAAAAGCAGAAGGAAGCAGGAAGUGGUUGUUUUUUUUUUGUGUAGGAGUGUGUUUCUUGGAACAGUAAAAAAGGACUAGAAGCUGCUGCUCCUGCCAGAGGAUUCGAUUAUGGCAAAGGAUUCAGCACAAUCGAGAAUACCCCGGUUAGAUGGUGUCACAAAAAUUCCCCUGCCCGGUUCGAUUCGAACGCAGGCAAUUCAAAUCCGACGUCCAACAUCUUUCACAGGGCUUCGUCCCCCAACGCUGGCUAUGACAUCCUUGAAGAAAUCCCUUUCUGGUGAUAGGAUAAGUGAGGCGGCAAGUAUAAUGGGCAAGCGAACAGCAACAGCGGUCCGGAAGUUCCUCACCAAGCCCGAGAAGUCAGCUCCACACAUUGAGACAAUGACGAGAAAAUUCACUCCGCCAACUCCGAUUCCUGGCACCAAGAUGAUGAUGAGUCGCAUAAAAACCCCAUCGGCCUCGGAAUCAAUACCUAUUGCGCCCAAGCAGCUGACACGGUCAGACACAUUUGUUCGAGAAGAAGGGGAGAGUGAUGUCAUAAAAAUGGCUCAAAGUUCUAUGGUUCCGCAGCCAACAGCGACGCCAUUGAUGGAUCUCUAUAUGACGCAUUCCCUCGAUGGCAGUAGAGCUAGGGCAGCACUCGAGGAGAGCAUCACUGUUGACAGUGGUCAGUAUUUGUGCAGAACUCAGACUCUAGAUAAAUCGAACACCACUGGUACUCCCAGGCCCACAGAUAGCACGAUUAGCCAGUAUCGAACACGGAACCUCAACAGCACUCAAACCUUAGAAAAAGCACUUGGUAUGACGUUCCGCCAUACAACACCGAGCACAUGUCCAAUGCAACUAGAUGAGACGCAUUUUAAGCCUCAGAACUUGGAUGCUAAUCUCACGAGAAACCUUACUCACACGAUCUUCUCGCCAAGUGAAGAAGAAGAAGCCUCCGCGCGGAAAGAUGGAACUAUGACCAUCGAGAAAUGCAAGAACCUAAUUGACCUGCAAAGCUGUGAGAACCUGCUGGAUAUAGACAUCCCGUCGUUGGAUCCAGACGCGACCCUGCGACCUAAGGGCUCCAAUGAUUCGUCCUAUAAGAAUCUUGUCAAUCUUACAAUGGAGGACACACUGCCGUUGGCCCCGGAUAAAACCAACAUGAAGCUGGUGCUCAAUUCGACCAUGAACACAGAGCGUUUGCUUGACCUCACAACGAAUACGGUUUCGCCGCCAGCGAAACACCUUUUUAUGAACAUAACUCGGGAUUUGAUGGGUUCCCCCUGUGAGGAGAAUGUCAAGAACAAUACAAAUCUCUUGUAUAUGUCACGACGCGAGGACAAUGGCCAAUCGCCGAGCAGUGAAGCUAUGGAGGUGGACCGGGGCAGUCAGGAAUUACUAUUAGAUAACCCACCUUCUCAAGCUAUGCAGGAAUUGAAACAUCACAAGCCGAGAUUUUCGUUCGGCUUGGAUCUCACAGAAUCCACCCUCGAUUGCUCGAUCGAACUGUGUGAUGUAUCAUUAUCGUCAACCAUUCAGUCAGCCAUGGGCACAGCAGCAGGAACACCACCGUUAAAGAAGCAGAAUUCCUUCGAGAUGGAUGAGAGUUUGGGAAUUUUGACUCCAGAUCAGAUGAAAGAGUUCCUCGAUUCGACCACCACAACAACGAACUUGGAUCUGCCAUUGGGAAUGAAUCCGAAAAUGGCAUUCCACCAGAUGCGUAUCGAUCAGACACCGUCGCCAGAGGACCUUCCACUCGAUCCGGUUGAGGUGAAGACCGAUGUGGAGCAUGUCGUGAUCGAAAUGACAAAGACCCACCAGCAGCAGCAGCAACAGAGCAACACAAAUACCUACAAUGAGAUCUCUCAAACCGAUACCGAAUCCAAGACCGACCAGAUGACCAAGUCGAACGUCUCGAAAAUCUCCACCAGCUUUAUAACCAGUGUGACAAGUGUCACUAGCCUGGACACGGGCUAUCAAGGCGAUGGGGAGAUGUCAAGGCCAGCGUCGCGAGGUGCCGGCGACCAUUCACCCUCCAACGGGCCCCACAGAAAGCCGGCCCAAGUCAGCCGACAGCCCUCGUUCAACCACAAUCAUCCGAAUAUACCGAUUCGCCGACAAGAUCCAAUGACUGACUCAGACUUUUUUACCGAAAGCGAUGCCGAUGAUGUGUUCCACCGCGGUGAUCGUCGAGCUCAAGUGAUAGAUGGCCAAUUGUAUGGGCCAAUGUUGCAGCCCUCUGCGAGCGUCUUCAUAUCAGAACAGCCCGAACAGAUGGAUGACUCGUGCAUGGAGUCCAGCGGCAUCUUCACCGACGUCGAAAAUAGAUGUGACGAAGACAUUUCCCAGAUGCGUGGUGACAUCGACAUGUCGCCAGACGAUGGCUCCACGGAUACCGUCAAGAGUAAUAAAAACCAAAGCAGCGAUUCUCAACAGAUAUCUCAACAGCAGCAACUACAACAACAACAACAACAACCACAACCAGUAAUCGAAAGUGAAUUCCGUUCCGCAUCGCCACUGAGUCAAGGUCAGUGGAACAACAUGCUCACCGACAGCCAGACAUCGUCCACCAUCCAAAGUAGCUUCAGCAGCAGUGAUCGCAUUAGCAUGACCACAGAUUAUAACCCAACCACGAACAACAACUCCAACUCAAAGAGGAACUCGUGUGCGGUUAGCGAAACCAACAAAAGCUCUGUGGCCUCGUCCAAUGAAGCUCUCUGCAGCGACACUACUACAAAAGCUUCACCUCGCAACAAAGGCGCCAACGAUCAUACGAUCCACAACAACACAAUCAACUCGACAGUGAAGAAGGUGAGUCCGCCGCGAAAGCACGCAUCACUCUCGUCAUUGUGUAGCGCGAGUGCGAAAAAUGACGCCAAGAAUUAUCGAUCUACGGCGAAUUCAUCGGUACUCCUAGGCGAAAGGCCAUCUCAACACUUAGCAUCAGCAAAAUCAAGUGCAUCGGUUUUUAAUAAAAGCGUCGCCGUCGUGAGUAGAAAUAAUGGUUGUGAAAUGCCGGUAAGGGCCAACACUACCGUCAACAGCACAACGAAACAACGAUCACCGCCGUCUUCGUCGUCGCAGCCUCUUGGCGCCAAUAAUCAUCAUCAACAACAACAACAACAUCAAGAAAACAAUACGCCGAGUAAGAAUAACGGAUUGACGGUUGCGUCGCGUACCGGUAGUACGGUUGCUCUAGCAGGAUCCGGUUCCUGUUCCGGUUCGCCGACAUUACGGAAAAUUUCGCCCAAUAAGUGGGACGCGGUUAUGAGUAAAAUAGCGGUAAACAAAAUGCAAGUGAAGAAAAACUAUAGUGAAGUGAAAUCAAAAGUUUCCACCGGUGUUUUGAGGCGUUCGCCUCCAAGUGGCAUUAAUAGUGCAGGUGGUGGUGGUGUUGGUGUUGGUGGAAAUGGAAAUAGUGCAAGUGCAAGUAAAGUGUCAACACCGUUACAGGAUAACUCGCCAGCGGUUGGAAACAGUAAUUGUUCAAGUGGAUUAGCAUCACCGCACACCAAGAGGAUUACACAAGGCGCUGCAAAACGGGGACGAUCCUAUAGUAAAGACAGCCAACAGAGUUCACAAAGCGACUUGAGUCUUUCUAGUGGAUCACCUAAAUUGCUUGCCAAAACUCCAUCCAGAGCGGCUAAGAAACGUGAUGUACGAAAUUUGAGCAUAUCACCAACUGAUUUAGGGCCACCGCCGAAAGCUCAACAAACUACGAAUGGCUCAACACGAACGAAAACAACACCAGCAACUUUAUCACAAAAACGACCAUCACCAAAUAAUAAUAACAAUAAUAAUGCUCAGCAACAACAGCAAAAUCUAUCAUCACCAAUUGUUGCAACUACACCAACAACAGCAACCACCGCCGCAGCAUCACCAGCAGCAGCAGCACCAGCAUCUACAACUACACAAUCCUCAAAUACAGCUACAGCACUUAGCAGCACCAUCAACUCUCUUAAAGGUUCACCGCCUGCUAAAAAGGUCAUUUCAAGACGUUCCACAGAGCAAAAAGUGCACUCCAAGACACCACUAAAAGAUCAUAACCGGCUCGUUAGCCAACAACAGCAGCAGCAGCAGCAACAACAACAAAAUAUCAACAACACUUCAAAGACUACAAAUGGAGGAGUUGUUGGCAAGAUUACUUUGGGUGGAGGUGGUGGUGGUAUUGUAUCCACAAGUACGCCAUUGCUAACAGCCACCGAGAAGGCAUUGCUAAGGAGUAGCAACAACACUCAUACGCCACCCUCGCCCAUUUUGAAUAAUCUCAUUAAUAACAAGCAACCAAAUGGAAAGUGUAUUAUUGGUCGGAUUGGAACUCCGCCAACAUCAGGAGGACACAUUGUUACAGGACCAACAACUGCUAUCAAGAAAUCACAAAAAGAAAAACCUAAGAUUUUGGUACAGGAAGAUUUACAAGAGGAAGAAUUUGAGGAUUUGGCCGAGGUAGAAGACCAAGUUGUGCAUCAAUUGAAGAAGAAUAUCAACAACAACAACAAUAAUAAUAAACUACUUCAACAACGACACUCGUCGUAUAAUGGAGCUACAGAAUUAUUGGACUAUCAUCAUUUGCCGGAAUUCCAAUUCCAGGGCAAGGGAAUAGCAGCACUAGGAGUUCUUCUACAAUAUUUGGUCUAUGAUUUGGAUGCCUUCUCCUGUCCAACAAUCAAGGUUGAAUGUGAAAAUGUCAAACAGAAGCUAAAUAGAACUGUUCAUUUAUUAGAUGAAGCCAAAACUUCCUGUCACGAAUUAAGGGAUCAAAUUUUUGACAAGGAAGCUUACUACACAAAACGGGAACAAGAACUACAGGAUUUGCAUCGAUGCGAAUUAGAAAAAGUUGAAAUAAAUCUUAAGGAAUCUCAGAACAAAGCCAAAGAACAUAUCGCAUCGUUGGAGUCACAAUUGGCUGCCAAAGAAGUCUCCAACAAGCAGGCUCUAGAAGAACUACAAUCAGCUGCCGAUGUUAAAUACGAAAAGCUCUAUGCUCAACUUAUUGCUGCCCAACAAAAAGACGAAGCCUUGAGGCAGCGUCUAGUUGAAGCCAAUCAAGUUGAAGAUCAGCUAAAAGAACAAAUUCACAAUUUGGAGAGUAAUUUCGCUGAACGUGUUCAAUUGGCAACACAGAGGGAGCGUGAGUUGGUCGAAAAGAUCAACGGACUCACCAAGCAAUUGGAGAAUCUCAAGUCAAGCACAGAGAAUCGAGCUCAAGAGCUCGAGAACAAAUUGAAUUUGUCCCAGGAUGAAAUCUCGGUCUUGCGAUUGUCGAGGAGCUACACCGAUCACAGUUCGACACAGGCAUCUCCGAGGAAUAGUGGUGGGGCAGCUUUGGAAAUUCAGAGGCUACAGAGUGAGGCAGAAAGCUUGCGCUGUGUGUUGGAAAUCAAACAGAAGGAAAUCUCAAAGCUCACGAAGCAGAAUCAGGAGUUGAUGAGAGACGCCGAUGAGGCUCAAGUACUUAUGGGUAAGGUGUCCACUCUGGAAUCCAGGUGUGAGAUGCUGCAAUCUGAGGCAGAACUCAAGGCCGAAAAAGAAAAAGAACUUCGUGAGAAGCUUGACGAAAUCACCAAAGCCUUUAACCACGAAGCGGUAGUCCGAAAGAGGCUAUCCUUUGACAAAGAAGCCUUACAAUGGCAGCUGAAGCAGCGUUCUGAGCAACUUCAAAUUGUCGAAUCAAAAUUCCAUGAGCACCUGAGCUCAUCAAAAAUAAGCAUCUACAGCCAAGAUGCCACAAUAAAUCAAGAUCAAAGUCACAACUCUAGUCUGUUGAGCUUGAACCGCACCAAUGGUUCGGAGCGUAUUCAGUUCCAAAUGGACGACAUUUCGCCACCAUCUUCGCCAAUUAUCAAGGGAGUCAUCGAGAAGAACGAUUCGGUGUCAUGGGUGCUGGAGAUGGACGACGAAACACCAGAAGUCGCUGCUUCAAAAAUGGUCAAACGAGCCGGAUCAUUCCGGUCGGCUGAGAAGUCACCAUCGGCAUCGGCCUAUCCUGCGCGACGACAGCUCUCUGUGAGUGCUUCAUGCGGAGGAGCAAUGAUGGGCGGCCCGAAUCCAUUGUCCCAAUCGAUGUCGGCCACAUCCGUGAUACGACAACAUUCCAAUGAUGCGGCCGAGUUUUUAGGCCGAGUACACUCACGAAUUCGUUCCAAGUCCGUGAGUGUUAAAAGCGAGCCAAAGAAGGUGAUUCGUCAGAACUCCAGUGGAAGUUGUCGCUCCUCACGAACCAAUGGCGAUUCUUCGACCUGGAAAGAUCCACUAUGCGCCAGCUCGCCAUACACCCGGAACAACAUUCGCCAAAGGCCUUCGUCAUCGUCGUCAUCACAACAGCAGAGGACAACUCAUCUGAUCACCUGUGACACGUCCACCCUGAACACGGGAGAGAAGCUGGAGAUGCGCUCCCUUCCAUCUCACCCCUCGGUGCAUGACCUCAAGAAGUUGAAGAAAUGUCAAGAAAUUCAGGAAUCCGCCGGAGAAGCUAUGGUUUCUGGUACAAAUUCCGAAGACGAAGGGUGCUCGGCAUCGUCUGACGAAGCUGUGUCAACUUCCUCGUCGAAUGGAACUUCGUCUUCAUCGUUACAUCACAAACAACACAUGUCCAUUGAAGAGGUGCUAUUGCUGGACAAGAUUCACAGCCUUAAUGGCACACCCAUGGAGGUCAGCUGGUCCGACGAUGUGUUUGCCUCCGAAUCAACAGUAUGACAUAACGAUGACGAUAGCUUCUAAGAGAAGAAAAGAGAACAGUUUUUAAGAUACAAAAAACCAGAAAACAAAAAAACAAAACAGAACCAAAAUGUGAUUGUGAUUGAAAAACCGUCUGCUCCCUGAGGGAAGGACAUUUUUCCAACCAAAAAAAUAUUUAAAAACAAAAAAAACUGAAAAAUUGUUUCAAAAACAUUUGAAAAAAACAAGAAAGCAUUCUGCGCAAAAAAGUUUUAAAAAAUAUUGAGAAAAAGUUUGACUUUUGUAUGUAAAUAAGAGAUGAAGAGAAAUAUUAACAAAAACAAAGAGAACAAUUUAAUGCAAAACACAAGACAAGCAACUGAGAGGCGUCUUUUUGAAAAAAGCUCAAAAGCUCUGGCUUAAAAUAGUAGUUCUAUAUAAAUUAAAAACAAAUACUGAAAAAUAUCCUUUUAACUUAUACGAAUUUCACACAAAACAAUAUUAAAUAUAUAUUAAAAAAUAUCUAUACAAAUAUAAACUAAAACUGUUUCUAUAUGAAUUAUCAAACAAAAUAAAAGAGAGGGAAAGAGUUUAAAAGCUUUAAGCUUAUCCCUAUCAAAAAUGGGAAGAGAUUCUUCAGUCUCUAAACCAUAUUUCUAAUUCCAUUUCAUCUCGGAUUUUCCAUUUCCACCAGGAUUUAUAUGGAGAUUCCUCUCAUAACCUCCUCUGCCUGCGGUAACAGCAACUUGAUGUUUUGAAAGAGAAGAAAAAACGAUGAAGAGAAAUAGAAAGAGAACGCAUGCAUUUGAAUUGAAUGGUCUUAUGAGCAUAAGAGCACCGAAAUUAAGAGUGCUUAAGAGAAUGAAUCUCUAGAAAGUGAGAAUGGUUUUGAAAAUGAAUUUGAAUGCCUGUUUGCCGUUGUUGCUGCCAUCGAUCACAUUUUACCAAAAUUUCCACAUCAAAUUAAGAGAAAAUCAUCAUUGCAAAUAAAAAUAAUUAAAAACAAAAUAAAAACCGUUAAAGUUACACAUUUUCAAAUUUAGUUAGCUGAUAAUUUAUUCAAUCAUAGUCGUUGUACUCAAUUAUUUCGGUUUUCCAACACAAAUUAAAAAAAAUUUAAGAGAAAAUAAAUGAAAAGAAACUUUACUCUUAAAAACAAAUUAAUUAAAAACGAAAAUGUGUUUUAUUAUUUAAAAAUAAGUUUUAAUUUAAGACUCGUUAUAAUGUUUAUGUGAAUUUAUAUAUAUUUUAAUUAAAUAAAACAAAUUGUUGAAAGUAUCUAGUAAAAAAAUAUAAUAUUUUAAUGAAAUAACUGAACAGAAUAUAUAAAUAAUUAUUUAAAAAACAAAACACCCAAUGGCUAUUUAUUGUUUUAAUUUUAUUUAAGUUUUUAUUAUUUUUUAAUUUUCAGUUAUUCGAAAAUGACACUUUUAUUUCUUUACUAAGCUACGGUAUGGGAAUAUAAUAAAGUGUGUUAUUUUUUUGAUAAUAAAUAAAAAACCUUCAAAGAAUAAUAUUUUUAAGCAACAUACAACAUAAAUAAUAAUAUAUAUUAGAUGAAUGCAGUAAGUUUUAAUAAAUAAAGAUUAAAUAUAUAAAUCGUAAGAAAUAAUUUUAAAAAUGGAAAGAAAAAAGUAUUUGUGUGAAAAUAUUUAUGAUUUUUAAUUUUAAUCUUUGUGCAAAAAAAAAUUAUAUAAAAUAAUUAAAAGAUGAUAUUUAAUUGAGAAAUAAUAAAGAAAGAAAUAUUUGUUUUUAAAUUUUAAGUGAAAUAAUGUACAAGAUAAAAAUAUAUAUGCUACAACAACAACAAAAUAAAUGAUGGAACCCAAAUCCAAUUACAUAUAAAAUUAAUUUAAAAAAGAAAAACAGAAAACAAUAUAAACAAAGAAGAAAUUAAAAUGGCUUAAGCUGAAUUAAAAAUGGAAAUAAAUACAUUAAAGAAAAAAUAUAA